AUGGAGCAGGUGUUGUUACAGGUGCGGGUUCAGAGGAAUCCCUCUCGCCCCCGGGUUGCAACAUCUUGCCGCCUCACGCGGUUUUCCAAGCUGCGCGUUCAGAUGCAGAAGGCACUUUUGGCGAGUUCUCUUCUGAACAGCGUGGGAUUAGAGCAACCGAGAGACUGGGCGGGGGCUGGAGGGGGUCGGCGGGUUCCUCGGCGUAUCUGGGUCCGCGGCGGCGAUGGCGGAGCUCGGCUUGCCCGUGGGUUGGGCCGCGGGUUCAAGCGGCGCCCCCGACCCCGAGCUGGCCAAGGCGGAAGGGGCGACCUCGGCUGCCCUGGGGCAAGGGGAAAGGGACCCCAGCAGGCCCAGGCCCGACCCCGAGGCGUGACGAGGCCUGAGGCGAUGGCUGCUCCUUCCCCUCCGGGCUCCCCGCCCCUCCUCGCCUGA